AAAGUCACAUGUUCAGUGACGAAGAGCAUCAACCUGCAUCACAACUUCCUUGUUAUUGUCGAAACGCCUAGCUAGUGGAAUCCAGGAAUGCAACUCUACAGGCUUGUGAUUUACACCAAGGGGAGAAGGCAGGGCCGCCUUCUAGCCUGAAGCUCUCCUCCUUCUUCCCCUCCUGUCUUUCACGCUCUCCUUCCCACCAUCGCUCUCUCCCUCUCCUUCCCUCCAUCUCUCUCUCCCUCUCCUUCCGUCCUUCCCACUCUAAGCCAUGAUGCUGUGUUGGGGCAGUACUGUGGAGGGCCAGCUGGGUAUCGGCGGGGCGAGGGACCCCGUGUGCGAACCCCGGAGCUGCCAGGCGUUCAAUGGGCGCGGCCUGAAGGAGGUGGCGUGCGGCGGGCGCCAUUCGCUAUUCCUGUUGCAUGAUGGGAGAGUGUACACGUGCGGCUCCAACCGCUGUGGACAGCUGGGCCACGACAAGCCGGGGGACUCACCAGAACUGGUGGCGGCCCUGGACACCCAGAAGAUAGGGGUGGUGUCAUGCGGCCAGGCCCACUCCAUGGCGCUGAAUGAGCAGGGCCAGGUGUUUGCCUGGGGGGCCGGUGGAGUGGGCCAGCUGGGUCUCGGGACAGCUGAGGAGACCGUCCCAAUCCCCAGGUUGAUCAAGAAGCUGUGCGAGCAUCGCAUCUCUCAAAUCAUGUGUGGCAACCAGCACUGCAUCGCACUCUCUAAAGACGGUCAGCUGUUCACGUGGGGCCAGAACUCGAGCGGUCAGCUGGGUUUGGGGAAGGGCGAGCCGAGCACCUUGUCUCCCCAGCCCCUCAAGUCUCUGUCAGGGAUCCCCCUGGCUCAGAUCACCGCUGGGGGAGACCAUAGCUUCGCCUUGUCCCUCUCUGGAGCCGUGUUCGGCUGGGGCAAGAACAGCGCCGGACAGCUGGGGCUAAAUGACAAACAGGACCGGUCUGUCCCUUGCCACAUCAAGUUCCUCAGAUCCCAAAAAGUGGUUUACAUCAGCUGUGGAGACGAGCAUACAGCUGCCCUCACCAAGGAUGGGGGUUUGUUUACGUUUGGGGACGGCUCGCGUGGUCAACUGGGUCACGACUCCACCAACAACGAGCCUCUACCCAGACAGGUGCAGGAGCUGAUGGGCAGCGAGGUGUCCCAGAUUGCCUGUGGCAGACACCACACCCUGGCGUUUGUGCCUUCCUCCGGUCUCGUGUACGCUUUCGGUUGUAACACAAACGGUCAGCUGGGCACCGGGACACGAGGUGACAUCAAAAGCCCACUUCCUGUCAAAAGCAGCCUCACAGGAAGUCUCACCGGAAGUCCUCGUCAUAUGUCAGGGCCAGAUCAUUAUGCCAUUACCAAAAUCAACUGUGGAGGGGACCAUAACUUCCUAUUGUACUCAGAUGAAAAGAGUUCCACCGUUCCUGAAGACUUCAGAGUCACUAACAUCAGUAAAAGCAUCUCUUUGAUAAAUUAUGACAGUUUGAAUACGUGGAGGAUGAAACUCCUAGACAACACAGAUUCCACUAUCACCAAUGACAUCAUUAUCCUGCUGUCUUCCACCGCCUGUUGGAACGCCAGCUUCCUGGAUGAGAGUGAUGACAGCCAUUUUAAGACCAACCCUAAAGUCCCUGGUAUCGAUCUCAACUCGGUCCGCCUGCUGUUUGAGACACUCAGUAAACCGCCCUUCGCCAGACUCCUGGAGCAGGCCACUAAGAGUUUUGAGAGCCUGCUGAUCCCCCAGCUGCCCUGCUCCCCCCCUGACGUUGAGGCCAUGAGGAUCUACCUGAUCCUGUCGGAGUGUCCCGCCCUGCACGACUCCAAGAACUACAUCACCCUCACCAUACCCCUAGCCAUGGCCAUACUCCGCCUGGAUGCCAACCCCAGCAAAGUGCUCGAUAACUGGUGGUGCCUGGUGGACGGCAGUGUGUUCUCCAGGCUGGUGGACAUGUAUAAGAGCAUCGUGGUGUUCCUGUUAACCGGAGGAAAGGCCCUGCUCGUCCCUGUCUUCCUAGAAAGCUACACCAGUGCCACGCUAAAGCUUCUAGAGAAACUUCAUAAGGUUAACCUGAAGGCCGGGCAUGUGGAGUACAACCGCUUCUAUAUCCCUGACAUCACCACCCUGGUGGACAUUCAGGAAGACUACCUCAAGUGGUUUCUGAGUAAAGCAGAGCUUAAAAUGAGAACACCAGCAGUACAGAACUCAGUGACUUUAUGUGCCUACCCGUUUAUACUGAACGCCCAAGCCAAGACCACCAUGCUGCAAACUGACGCUGAGCUACAGAUGCAGAUGGCGGUGAGCGGGGCCAACCUGCAUAACGUUUUCAUGCUGCUGACGUUGGAACCCCUCCUGGCGCGGAACCCCUUCCUGGUGCUCCACGUACGCAGGGACCAUUUAGUGAGUGACGCGCUGAGGGAGCUCACCAUCUACUCCGACGUCGACCUCAAGAAGCCCCUCAAGGUGAUCUUUGAUGGGGAGGAGGCGGUCGAUGCAGGGGGGGUAACCAAGGAGUUCUUCCUACUGCUGCUGAAGGAGCUGAUGGACCCUGUAUAUGGCAUGUUCACCCAGUACACCCAGUCCAACCUGCUCUGGUUCUCUGAUAAAUGUUUUGUGGAGCACAACUGGUUCAACCUGAUAGGGAUCAUCUGUGGGCUGGCCAUCUAUAACAGCACGGUGGUGGACCUCCACUUCCCCCUGGUCCUCUACAAGAAGCUACUGUGCGUAGCACCCACUCUGGAGGACCUCAAGGAGCUGUCACCCACAGAGGGCAGGAGUUUACAACAGCUCCUGGACCAUGAGGGAGAGGACGUUGAGGAGACAUUUUGUCUCAACUUUGCUAUCACCAGAGAGUACUAUGGUCUGACGGAGGUUAAGGAGCUUAUCCCUGGAGGAGACCGCAUCACUGUGGACAACAACAACAGGGAGGAGUUUGUGGAGGCCUACCUGAAGUACAUGUUCGGGGACUCGGUGAGCGAGCUGUACCAGGCCUUCUCCUCUGGGUUCCUGAAGGUGUGCGGUGGGAAGAUCCUGUCGCUGUUCCAGCCCUCCGAGCUCAUGGCCAUGGUGGUGGGAAACAACAACUAUAACUGGGAGGAAAUGGAGAAGAAUGCAGUUUACAAAGGAGAGUAUUCAGCUACUCAUCCGACUGUGAGGAUGUUUUGGGAGGUAUUCCAUGAGUUCCCUCUGGAAAAGAAGAAGCGGUUCUUAUUAUUCCUGACGGGCAGCGACCGCAUCCCCAUCCAUGGCAUGGAGAGCCUCCGCAUCUCCAUCCAGUCCACGUCGGCCGAGGAGCACUAUCUGCCCGUGGCCCACACCUGCUACAACCUGCUGGACAUGCCCCGCUACCAGACCAAAGAGACCCUGCACCGCCGUCUCACCCAGGCCGUGGAGCAGUACGAGGGCUUCAGCCUGGUGUGAGACCUAGUAGCUGGGUCAGUGGCUCCCCCUAGAGGCCUGGAGGAGCAAGGACCAUGGGAAUUAGCAUGGUUGCUAAUGCUAAUGCACUUUAAAUAACAACGCCCUGUGAAUGGGGGGUGGCUGGAUGGACGGAUGGGUGGUGGGAAGGGGGCUGCGAUUCCAUAGCACUUUCCCUAUACAGUUUACCAUAAGAGAUUAUGAUAUAUAUAAAAAGGGAGGGGUGGGGUGUACAGGGACGGAGGGAAACGACAAAGGAGCAAACGUUUAAGACGAUUAUAGAGAAGCAGAUUAUUAUUAUUUUGAUAUAAUUGCUCAGAUUUCUGAACGCAAGGUGUGUGGCUUUAUAAUGCGUCUUGUUUUGAGAAUGGUUAUAACAGAUACUUUCUUUGGGGGGGGUGCGUCAGUGGAUUUUGUAUUUUCAGUUAUAAUUGUGUGUUCUAUGCAGAUUGAUGUACAUAACUUGAACAGUUUUAAUUAAACCAGCUUUUUUGUUGCUUUAAGAUAGUUUAUUGAAUUGAAUAGUUUAAAAAAAUAAUUGUUGUCAGAGAAAAUGAUACAUGUCAGAUGUAGGAGGUGAACUUUGAAGCCCUGGCCUUUUACCGCUGAUCUUGGGUCAGUUUGAGGACAGAUGAUACCAGAUUAAUACAUCAGUGAACAUCAGGCAGACAGUUCCACACUCUGGCCCAAUAAAUACAUGGCGUUCUAAUGCCAUACCCACAUUACCAGUAUAUUUCUACAUUUAAACGACUAACUGACCGACUGGAGUUACUUACAUGUCCUCAAUCUUACAGUUAUCAAUAUUUCCUUUGAUUGUGAUGUUUUUUUUAAUGGAUGUUAAAAUGUCUGUGUGCAUGUCGUCGAGAGGAAACGCAAAAAGACUGCUCAUCGUUACAUUAUAAACAAACACAGAAAUACAGCUAAUCCCAAUUACUUUGAUCCCUGUAACCCCAGGUUAGGAAUAAGUAAUCUCAAUGUCAAUCUGGGAGAUCUAUUGCCGCCACGAGCUCAGAAUGAUUGCACAUUCGUGGCCUGGUGGAUAAUAGGUUGACUUGCAGAAUAUCUGUUCAUGGUUCCCACCAGUUCCUUAUAUGAUGGCACAGCAUUCGGACCAAUGAUAUUAGAAUUGGUCAAUUUGCCCUGCAGAAUUAGUCUUGGGUCAUUGAUUAGGUUUAAGGAACAGAUUAUAUUGGGUCAUCCUAUUAGCAAUAACGAACUUAAGCAAACAGCUUAGUAAUGUAAUGAUGUCCCCUGACCGUCAUCCAAACUUUGCGCUCUGAACAUCUCUGCAUAAUUUCCCGGUCGUUACUUCAAUUACUUUUCUCUCAAGUGUAUCUGGAUUGUGUGUUGAUAUGCAAGUGAGAAAAACAACUUUGUUUGUGCAUUCUGUCCUAUUACCGAACGUCUCAGCCAAUGGAGGUAUUGUAUCGUAUACCAUUUCCUUUCUUAUGCCCUGUCUUUCUCCACUGUAGCUGGGGUCAAGACAAACGUCGUAAAGGGGAAUAAUUACUAUUAUUUUGAGGAUUUAUAACUCUGUCGCCCUCAAUGUAAACAUAAUGACAUAAUAAACAAAAACAAAUGAUGUCAUAGUGACCUUUGUUGUUGAUUCAAAGCUGAGCUAGGGCAAUGCCUGAGGGAGGCUCAAUGUGUUCUAUUAUAGCCUGGUCCCUGAUCCGUUUCUGCUGUUUUGCUGAUUAAAGCAGUUGGCAAUACACAACAAACCGAUCAGCGACCAGGCUAGGGGAAAAAACCUAUUCAUUCGUUAUGAUUAUUUCACCACAGUAAUGGCGACAAUUCCAAAUCAUGGGGUCAAUGUUUCUUGGUCAAUGUAUGCAAAUAAGGGCUUGUUAGUGGAUCUAUAACUGGAUUGUUUCAAGUAUAUCAUUUACUUUUGUACCUUUUAAAUGGAAUACAUCUUUCUUUAUAUUUUUUCCUGAACAAAUAAACGUAAUUCCACCCUGUA